CCUAUAUAAGGCCGGGCCGGGGCUGGCGGAGGCGGUGCCCGAGUUCGAGUCCCACGUCCACCGCGAUCUGCUCCGCUCCCCGCCGAGGCGCCGCCCGCUCGGCCCCGCUCCGCCGGGGGCUCGGCCGGCCGCGGAGAUGGGUGAUAUGGAGUCCUACAAGGUGAUGCUGAAUGGGCCGGCACCCUGGGGCUUCAGACUGCAGGGAGGGAAGGAUUUCAGCAUGCCGCUCUCCAUCUCCAGGCUGACGCCGGGCGGGAAGGCGGCCCAGGCCGGCGUGGGAGUGGGUGAUUGGGUGCUGUACAUCGACGGGGAGAACACCAGCUCCAUGACGCACAUCGAGGCCCAGAACAGGAUCCGCGCCUGCGGGGACAGGCUCUGCCUCACCCUGAGCAGAGCCCAGAACCACCUGGGGAAGCCGCAGAAGGACUCACUCCCCUGCUCUGAACCCCUGAAAUAUAACUUCGCUCCCAGCACUGCCCUCAACAAAACAGCUCGGCCCUUCGGGGCCAGCUCACCUCCGAAUCUACGGCCCGGGCUGGUGACGAAACCCGUGACGUACGCACCCCUGGUGCCUACCUGCACCCCCCAGCACAAUGGGCAGCCUCCACAGCCACUGGCAUCCCCCAGCACCCCCACGUAUGACCCUGUGAAGUUGCAGCUGAUAGAGGACGCUGUGGACUGGCAGCCCCGCAUCGGGAGAACCCAGUCGCGCUCCUUCCACAAACUGGCCCGGCUGACGGGCACAGACAGCCUGGAGGACCAUGAGGAUGAGCUUGUUUCAAAGCCCAGGGACACCUGUAGACCUUUCGGGGGCACAGUGGAGCAGUGGCAGCCCUCGCAGCCGCCGGAGCCCCCCAGCACCCCCGUGUGCGACCCCGGGAAGCUGCGGCUGAUGGAGGACGCUGUGGACUGGCAGCCCCGCACCGGGACCUCCCAGUCGCGCUCCUUCCGCAAACUGGCCCGGCUGACGGGCACAGACGGCAUGGAGGACCAUGAGGAUGAGCUUGUUUCAAAGCCCAGGGACACCUGUAGACCUUUCGGGGGCACAGUGGAGCAGUGGCAGCCCUCGCAGCCGCCGGAGCCCCCCAGCACCCCCGUGUGCGACCCCGGGAAGCUGCGGCUGAUGGAGGACGCUGUGGACUGGCAGCCCCGCACCGGGACCUCCCAGUCGCGCUCCUUCCGCAAACUGGCCCGGCUGACGGGCACAGACGGCAUGGAGGACCAUGAGGAUGAGCUUGUUUCAAAGCCCAGGGAUGUCCGUGGGUCAGUCGGGGGCACGGUGGAGCAAUGGCAGCCCUCGCAGCCGCCGGAGCCCCCCAGCACCCCCGUGUGCGACCCCGGGAAGCUGCGGCUGAUGGAGGACGCUGUGGACUGGCAGCCCCGCACCGGGACCUCCCAGUCGCGCUCCUUCCGCAAACUGGCCCGGCUGACGGGCACAGACGGCAUGGAGGAUCAUGAGGAUGAGCUUGUUUCAAAGCCCAGGGAUGCCCGUGGGUCUGUCGGGGGCACGGUGGAGCAGUGGCAGCCCUCGCAGCCGCCGGAGCCCCCCAGCACCCCCGUGUGCGACCCCGGGAAGCUGCGGCUGAUGGAGGACGCUGUGGACUGGCAGCCCCGCACCGGGACCUCCCAGUCGCGCUCCUUCCGCAAACUGGCCCGGCUGACGGGCACAGACGGCAUGGAGGACCAUGAGGAUGAGCUUGUUUCAAAGCCCAGGGAUGCCCGUGGGUCUGUCGGGGGCACGGUGGAGCAGUGGCAGCCCUCGCAGCCGCCGGAGCCCCCCAGCACCCCCGUGUGCGACCCCGGGAAGCUGCGGCUGAUGGAGGACGCUGUGGACUGGCAGCCCCGCACCGGGACCUCCCAGUCGCGCUCCUUCCGCAAACUGGCCCGGCUGACGGGCACAGACGGCAUGGAGGAUCGUGAUGAUGUGUUUGUUAAAAAGCCCAGCCAGGUCUCCGUGCUUGACCAAUCCCCAGGAGCAGCGAUGAAGACUGAGCCGGGACUGGCCCCCAGGACCCCCACUGCCACCCCUGGCCCUGCCAGCCGCCCACCCUGGGCUGUGGACCCUUCGUUCGCUGAGCGCUACGCACCAGACAAGACGAGCACGGUGGUGAGCAAGCACAGCCAGCCAGCCACACCGACCCCCAUGCAGAACCGCAGCUCCAUCGUGCAGGCGGCGCAGCAGAGCCCCGAGGGGCCUGGACGCACACCCCUCUGCUACAAGUGCAACAAGGUCAUCAGGGGACGCUACCUUGUGGCUUUGGGACAUUAUUACCACCCCGAGGAGUUCAUCUGCUGCCAGUGCAGGAAGGUGCUGGAUGAGGGGGGCUUUUUCGAGGAGAAAGGCUCCAUCUUCUGUCCCAAAUGCUAUGACACGCGCUAUGCACCCAGCUGCGCCAAGUGCAAGAAGAAGAUCACUGGGGAGGUGAUGCAUGCGCUGAAGAUGACCUGGCACGUGCAGUGCUUCACCUGUGCUGCCUGCAAAACUCCCAUCCGCAACCGUGCCUUCUACAUGGAGGAGGGACAGCCCUACUGUGAGAGAGACUAUGAGAAGAUGUUUGGUACCAAGUGCCGUGGCUGCGACUUCAAGAUUGAUGCUGGGGACCGGUUCCUGGAGGCACUGGGGUUCAGCUGGCAUGACACUUGUUUCGUCUGUGCGAUCUGCCAGACCAACCUGGAAGGGAAGACAUUCUACUCCAAGAAGGACAAGCCGCUCUGCAAGAGCCACGCUUUCUCCCAUGUGUGAGGGGCAGGAGUUCAGCUGUGCCCACGCAUGCCCCUGGCCCUGCAUGCUCCUUUCCCCCCACCUGCUGCCCCUAGGGAGCCAGGCUGGGCCUUCACCCCUUCCCCUUGCUCCUGCCUCUCUCGUUGCAGCUUCUGGCCUGGCUCCAGCCUGGGUGGCUUCUUCUGUGCCCACUAGCUGGCCCUAGGAGCCCUAGGGAAGGUCUCCUGCCCCCAAGCUGUGCAGCAUGGUGGCUGCAGCUGUGCGGAGGCUGGAGUCGGGGAGGGUCAGUCACAGCAGGGCUGCUCCCUUGCUCGGCUGGGGCCCAGCUGCCUGGCAGCUCAGUGUCAGGGCAGGAAUGCUCCUGACAUGUCCAUGAACAUGUGUGGACCAGCCCCCCGGCCCCCUUCCAAACUCUCCCCCACCUUCCCCGCUGCCUGCUUACUGUGUGGGGCUGGAGACCCAGCCCUGCCCGCAGCAACCCCCCAGCCAUCCUGCAGACUGCUAUGGUGGCUUCCUACCCUGGCUGUGUGUCAGGUGAGGUCUGUGCCUUGUGUCCCCCCACCCACCCGGCCUGCUGCUCUUCUGGGGCUGGUGUACAGCAGCACCCCCAGCCCGCCCGUGCUGGGGAGCAGGGCAGCAUGUGUUGAUGGCCAGCCGGCCAGCAGGCUCCCGCGAGGCUUGGGAACAGCUUCCUACCAAAGAGCGCCUGCCCCCACCAUCCCGGGCCUGUAAAUUCCUCUCCCAAACCCACACUCUCCAGUCAGGCUGCUGCUGAUGGAGCCACGGUGCUUUUAGUGCCUUUAAUAAACACUUCUCUGCAAGUGC